UCUUCCCCUCACAUCUGCCUACCUAGGCAGCAUGGCAGCUUAGGAAUGAUCUUGUCCUGUACUUACAAGUCACAUCAUUUUUUUGAACCUGCCGCCCUCCCACUGGCACCGUCUCCACCUCCGUCAGUGACUGCCCAGCCCUUCCCUCCGCAAGUUCCCUCUUUCCCAGUGCGCCUCCACACGCUAUGUCAAAGCGUGCAGAUAUGUGAAAGUUCGCAUAAACGUACAUGGAUACCUCCAGGAGGCGUUAGUGAUGGAAUCAAUCUUCCCCAAUGAAAUAUGGGAACAGAUUCUAGACCACCUCCCUCUGGAGGAGCUGCUCCCUGCUUCCUGUGUAUGUCGCCAGUGGAGACAUCUAGUGAGAAGAAUAUGUCGUCAGCGGUGCAAGUGUCUGCCGUCCCGUCUGCUGGCCGAGCUGGUCCACGAACACUACACCACACGAUGCCGCCCGCAAGGGAUGGACUCGGAAAUACCUGAUGGGAGGGAGGAACCAGACUGGCUCGAUGUUAGUCGCAUGUUGAUUCAGACUCAGGUGACUUCACGGGCGGAAGCGUGCAGUGUUGUGUCGCAAAUUAAUCAGGUCAUCCUCCUCACCGCCGCUGAAAAGUUCGUGGUGGCGGUGACGAGGAGUGGGGAAGACCAAUCGUGCACGUUGAGCCUGGUGUCUGGAGAGGGGCGCGUCACUUGUCAGUAUCUAGUCCAUGGUAAAGUCAACAAGGUGUGUGUCCUCGAGGAAGGCGGAGAACCCUCAGUGCUUGCCGUCAGUGUCAACAAGGAGUUGCUGGGUCUGCUGGUACAUCCUGACCUGCGCUCCCUCACGGCCCUCACCAUCACUCCAAACCUUGCGGUGGAUUCCAGGAUAUGUUCCGACGGACAAACACUGGUGGUGUCCCAGCUGGAGGAGAAUUACCAUCUCUCCGUGUACCGAGCUACCCUUCUGCCGGGCCGCCUCCAGCUCAACCUGCAGAGUCGCAUUCGGACCACCUCGCCGUCCAUCUGCUGGGACUUGUGGAAUGGAUUUGUGACGACACUGGUGCCCAGUGGCCACAUACGAGCCUACACGCUGUGCGGGGCACUGGUGGCCGAGUCCCCACUGUACAAGGACUUGCGGUACCCCAAUCCCACACUGCUCGCCCGAGGCCUCGUGCUUGCCUCAACCAUUACUUCGCGGACAUUGUUGUCGUACUGGCACAUGGACCGUGACCGCGACUACUGGCUGGUGGGGGAGAGCGUGCUCACCAGCUGGCUCCAGAGAGGGCCACACGCCGUGGGCAAUACAAGUCCUCGCAGAGAAUUAAGGAAAGAUUCUGGCAGCUCUGUAUCCAACGGGUCUCCUUCAUUUUUUGAGGGAGGGAACAGCUGCGUGGUGACGCUGGCGAAGGUGAGGCUCGGGGCCGCCGUGCUGCUCGAAGUCACCAUAGUGCAGUACCAGCGUGGCCUUGUCUUCUGCGGCACAAGUCAGGGUUACUUGUUAGUGUACAAGAUAAUGGAAGACACGUGGAAGAGCGAGGCUGGCCUGAAGUGGGAAGUGCUAGAGGCCUGCAUGCCCUCACUCUGCCUCUCCCUCACUCGCCGUCCCCUGGCUAGGAUCGCCGUUUGCUUCAUCGACGCCGUCAUCAUGGUGACUGUAGGCGACAGAGACGGCAACUGCCACAUGGUCUCCCUCCCCACCUCCGCCCCUCAAACAUCUGUUUGCUAGAAGCUGCCAGAAUCAGAUCCUUGGCUGUGAAGGGUCCCCAGGAUCCGCCCCAACCCCCUCCUUGCAAUAGCAAUCUUGUUUUCCCUUUGAGACUUUUUUAUAGCGUUGACUCAACUCAGAGGUUUGCAAAGGAAGCACAUGGCAACUUUGCAGUCAACAUCAUCGACUUUUAUCAAUUUGUUACUUAUAGGGAAUAUUUUGUUUUAUGAAGCAUCAUAAAUAAAAUAAUUUAUUGUU